UUACAGACGUUAAACAUUGAAUGGGGUCACUUUUAUGUUCACUUUUCUCAGCUUUAAACAAGUUACCAAAAAUAAAUAAUUUUUACUUUUAUUUCAGAGUUCAUUGACGAGAAAGAGGAGAAUGAAGAAUUCAGUGAAGUUGAGGAGAAAAAUCAUGUCAAAACUGGAGGAAAACCUUUGAGUUGCUCUCAAACCAAACAGAAAGAUUUAAAGAAAAAAAGAGUCAAGAAAACUUUCACCUGUGCUCAGUGUGGAAAGAGUUUCACACACAAAACAAGUUUUGACCGUCACAUGAGAAUUCAUACUGGAGAGAAACCUUUCACUUGUGAUCAGUGCGGGAAGAGUUUCAAACAAUCAGCAAACCUUAAGAGACACAUGAACAUCCACACUGGAGAGAAACCGUACACAUGUGAUCAAUGCGGUAAAAUGUUUUUAUGGGCUUCACUUCUGAAGAAACACUAUGAAGUUCAUGCAAAGGAGAAGCCACAUUCAUGUCAUUUUUGUGGUAAGAGUUUUUUGCAUCUACAGAGUUUGAAAGUACAUCAGAAAAUACAUACUGGUGUGAGAGAAUACAUGUGCUUUGAGUGUGAAAAGACUUUUAGUUCAGCGAGCAGUUUAAAACUGCACCAGAGGAUCCACACUGGAGAGAAACCUAAUAAGUGUUCACACUGUGACCAGAGAUUCAGUAAUUCAUCAAAUCUGAAAACACAUGAGAGGAUCCACACUGGAGAGAAACCUUAUAAAUGUUCACACUGUGACCAGAGAUUUAAUCAAUCAGCAAAUCUGAAAACACACAAGAGGAUCCACACUGGAGAGAAACUUUAUAAGUGUUCACAUUGUGACAAGAGAUUCAAUCAAUCAGCAUAUCUGAAAACACAUGAGAGGAUCCACACUGGAGAGAAACCUUACAAGUGUUCACACUGUGACAAGAGAUUCAGUGAUUCAUCAAGUCUGAUAACACAUGAGAGGAUCCACACUGGAGAGAAACCUUACAAAUGUUCACACUGUGACAAGAGAUUCAGUGAUUCAUCAUGUCUGAAAUCACAUGAGAGGAUCCACAAUGGAGAGAGACCUUAUAAGUGUUCACACUGUGACAAGAGAUUCAGUCAUUCAGCAAAUCUGAAAACACAUGAGAGGAUCCACACUGGAGAGAAACCUUAUAAGUGUUCUCACUGUGACAAGAGAUUUAAUCAGUUGCUAAGUCUGAAAACACAUGAGAGGAUCCACACUGGAGAGAAACCUUAUAAGUGUUCACACUGUGACAAGAGAUUCAUUGUUUCAUCACAUCUGAAAACACAUGAGAGGAUUCACACCGGAGAGAAACCUUAUAAGUGUACACACUGUGACAAGAGAUAUAGUGAUUCAUCAAGUCUGAAAAGACAUGAGAGGAUCCACACUGGGGAGAAACAUUAUAAGUGUUCACAUUGUGACAAGAGAUAUAUUGAUUCAUCAAGUCUGAAGAGACAUGAGAGGAUCCACACUGGAGAGAAACCUUAUAACUGCUCUCAUUGUGGAAUUAGUUUUACAAAGAAAGGACAGCUUGGGAAGCACAUGCUAAUUCAUACUGGAAUAAAGCCUUUCAGCUGCUCUCAGUGUGAAAAGAGUUUCACACGUAAAUCAAGCCUUAAGGAUCACAUGUUAAUUCAUGCUGGGAUAAAGCCUUUCUCAUGCUCUCAGUGUGGAAAGAGUUUUACACAGAAAGGACAAUUUAAUAAUCAUUUGAUAAUUCACACUUCAGAAAAUCCUUUCUCCUGCUCUAAGUGUGGAAAGAGUUUUACAUAUAAAUCAAAACUUAAGAGGCACAUGUUAAUUCAUGCUGGGUAAAAGUCUUUCACUUGCUCUCAGUGUGGAAAGAGUUUCACACAGAAAGGACACUGCAAGGUUCAUCUGGUAACUCACUCUUCAGAAAAGUCUUUCACCUUAAACAGUUAAAGUAAAUGACUGUUUUUCUGAAUGGCUGUUGUCAUCUACUGGAUCACCUCAAGGAUGUGUUCUCUCUCCUUUAUUGUUUAUCUUGUUCAAAAAUGACUGUAAGAGUAGUUAUUAGGGCUGUGAUGGUGGCAGAUUUUUACCACCGCGGUGGCGAUGUAGUAUUUGGUUUCCCAACAAGGUCCAUUGCCCAACACAAAAUUAAUUUGCUGAAAGCAUAAACUGUAUUUUCAAGCCUGCCAAUCUAAAGAUAACGCUGUGUAUGGCCUUUGAGGUAAUUUGUGAAUUAACAUAACUUAUAGUCUAAAUAAAACAAUUUGCAACUGUAUACAAAACUACAUAUUAUGCUUGUUAUAGAGUAUGCAACAUCACAUGCAAUACCGCUAGUGGCAGUAGACAACCAUGGUAGCAACCGACCACUGCAUAUUAUAAAAUUUGCUGAUGAUUCUGUAAUCUUUAGCUUAAUGAGUGAGGAGGACUCCAUGUUUGGUCCUGUCGUUGAUGAUUUUAUUAUGUGGUGUCAAAAUGCUUUCUUAAAACUUAAAGAAACAAUAUGUAAUUUUCGCCUCUGGAGGGCACAUAUUCAAAAUAAACAAAUACCAGGUAGCGUAGUUUGAUGACAACAUGACUGAGUGUGGAAUCAUGGGAGUUGCCGUCUUCAUCUUCACUGCCGAUGCUUCACACACUCGGGCAGAAAUCAUGUUUAUGGAUGAGCUACUGAUUUAUUAACGUAGUAGAAUAAAGCAGGGUGAAGCUGAAAGCUGGCGAAGCAGAACGAGGCUGCUGAACGAGUGUGACACACGUACGGCUCGAAAGCAGCGGAGCUUUUAUUAUGCCACAGUCGACCACUUCCGCUCCCUCAGGUCGUGCGUAUGAGGGGUAAAGCAGCGCUGUUUUAUCAUACUAGAUACAUUUGAAAGAUCUGUUAUAAUGCUAGUCUGUGCGGUCGUCAACGGUCUAUUAAAACACACACCACAUAUUAGUCUUUGGUGUUUUUUCAAAACAAAACUGAAAUAGAGGGGUUAUGAUGUCACUGGCAGGCGACAGUGACACUAUGGCCACUGUCUGUGUAACUAGUUAAAAUUGCUUAUUUUUCUGGAUUUAAACAUUCUUCGAAACAUUUGGGAUAAUGUAAGUACACAAGUCAACAAAAUAUAGAACACUGUUCUAGUGGUUUUUGGAUAUUUUAAUUUAAAAAAUCACAUAUUGUGCCUUUAAUGUUUUUUAAAACUAAGGAGAUGGCUAUUGAUUGUAACUCUAGGAGGAAAUCUAUUUAGUAUAAGCAAACAGGCAUUAAUGGAGUAGGUAUUGAGAGUGUUUAACAGUACAAGUAUUUGGGUACUGUUUUGAAUAACAAAUUGUCAUUUUCUCCCAAUACUGAGGUUUUGUGCAAGAGGGGGCAGCAAAGAUUUUUUUGCUUGCAGAAAGUUCAUUUAAUGUAACAAAACAUUGAUGUGCAUGUCUUUUUCAUUGUUGUGCUGGUUUAAUUCUCUAAAUGUGAAAAACAAGAAUUGUCUUGAGAGGUUUGUAAACCAGGGAAGUGAAAUAACGGGGAGGAAGCAGAUGACUAUGGGCCAGUUAUAUCAUAGACAAAUUUUGGGGAAAGCCCGGGGUCUCAUUUAUAAAACUCUCCGUAAAUUGCAUCCUAAAAAUGUACGUAUGCUCAAAAGCUAGUAUGCCAGAACCUGUGCAAUAAUCCGUUUAUAAAUCCCAGUCAGAGAAAGAUUGUGCACACAUGCAUCUCCAUCCUGAUAUCACCAUAUUUAGAGCUUUCAGCGUCUAGUUUUACUAUGCAUAACCUCAUCUGCAUAUCAUUUCCAUGCAUGUUCCCAUCCACGUGACACAUGUUUAUAUUAAUAAUUUGGGUGUAUUUUAAUGUUCAUAUUUGUGCUUUCUUUCAAAAUAAAUGAACUGAAUUCAUCUUGAGUCUGUAUUCAUCAUUCACAGCUGUUGAAACAGCCUUGAACACCUUAAGUGUUACCCCCCCAUUUUUGAAUA